AUGGGAACCAGUCAGCAAGGAUGGGAACCAGUCCUGCAAGGAUGGGAACCAGUCAGCAAUGAUGGGAACCAGUCCUGCGAGGAUGUGAACCAGUGCUGCAAGGAUGUGAACCAGUCCUGCAAGGAUGGGAACCAGUCCUGCGAGGAUGUGAACCAGUGCUGCAAGGAUGGGAACCAGAUGCCACCAGUGUUGCUGCUGGUCUGCCUGGUCCUGGCCUGCUCGAGCCUGGAGUUGGUCCAAGGUCACAUGGUCCCUGAGCAGUCCCUGGUUCCAAACAGGUCAUCUAAUGGUGACCUGGGGACCCACGUGCCCUCUGACGCUCCACCAAUCCUGAUAAUAGAACUGCCUAAAACAGUGAAGAAAAAUAAAAAAUCGAAGAAACCAAAAAAGCAGAACAAGUUUAGUACAAAAAAGAAACGGCCCCCGCCACCUCCUAACUGUGUGCCGUUGUGGGGCAGCUGUAAGUCUCCCAGUAACGUGUGCUGUGAGCAAUGUGCUUUCUGCCACUGUCGCCUCUUCAAGACCGUGUGUUACUGUAGGAUGGGGAAUCCGCGCUGCUGAAUCUUCUGCACUCCAAGAAGCAACACGGGUCCGCGAUAUACAAUAGGCUACUUGCUUGACUACAGAAGAUUGACAUCUGGUUUUGCGUUCUUUUUGUGGAGACUAAGCAGGAGGAUUUGUGAAUGUGGCCUGUAGCCUUACAGAAGGCCUAAAAUCGCAUAAAUCGCCGGACUAUCGUUGCAAGACUAUUGAAAGAUUAUAAAUAAAAUGAGCAUUUUUUCCCGACACAAUAUUGUUUGUGGUUCUAAGAAAGAUAAUGUUGUCAGGAAUCUGCAAAUUCAAAAGAGCAACUACUUUUAUAUUUUGACGUUUGUUGAUAUUUUCCCUCAUGAGAAUUUUCCGGGAACCUUUUCUGUCUCUUUAUAUUUAGAACUUGUUCCAUCAAAUAUAUUUUACAGCGCCCCGAAUGCCGGAAUCCUCACAAUUUGACAUUUUUCACAUGCCAAUCAAGAUUUAAAAGUUUCUACAUCCAGUUCACGGAGUUCGCCAACUGAUCUCAACACUGGCCUAGUAAUUUUGUUUUAUGUUCCAACUAUUAAGGACCAACUGUAGCUAUACAUGUCUGUCUAUAAAGGACCCUAAUACGAUCAGCACUUUUUUCCAUUAAGUUACAGUGUUCAAAUGCUUGCAUCCGACUAUGCCCUGGAAUGUAUAUUCAUGACUGAAAAGCGGCGUAAAACACUUUAAAAUGCCAACAUGAUUUUCUUAUGUCAGUUUACCAAUGCAUUCCAAUAUAUAAUUUUUUGUCUUCCACGUGGACACUAUUAUGCUUGGAAUAAAUAAUACAUGAUAAAUACAUUGAAAUAAAUCCAAGAACAUUUCUGCUACAAUUAAUAUGAUUUGUUCUGAAUCCUU